GUAAGUUGGCAUGCCCGCCAUUUCACUUUCCAGCUGCCAAAAAAAUAUUGUUAUUGAAGGAAAUGCGAAAAUGCCACGAGAGAAAAAUAAAGUGAAGGUUUAGGAAUAAACUCCGCGAUAUCUUAACUCUUAGCGAUAUGGAUAAGCGACAAAGGGAUCUGGAGGCACUAGUUUCCUCCCAAAAGGAGCAACUGAGCCGCUACGAAAAACGACUAAAAGACGUUGUUACUGCCUACAAGGGUCUAUUGAAGGAAAAGGAGGCCCUGGAGACUAGUUUGGCCGCUCACGCCGAGGCCACAGCCGCCGGAGAACCAGGAUCCCCGGCCAAACAAGAUGUAUCCCACAAUAGCUCAGAUGCCAACGAUGGCGGUGCAGAUGGUGCCGCUGCUCUGCCCGUCGAGGGACAGCUUCAGACCCAAAUAAUUACUUUGAUGAAUUCUCUGGCUACACUCUCUGCAGAAAAGUCCCGCAUGGAGGCCUCCUUCCAGGCCGACAAAAAGCAACUGCGAAGCCAAAUCUCUCAGAAAGAGCAGGCGAUUCAGGACUUGCACACACGGGCCAAAGAACAAGCUGCUCGGGCCAAGAACGAUGUAGAUGAGGUGAAGGCCAAGUGGAUAAUUGAACGACAGGAGCGUGAGAAGGAGACCAGCAAUCAGAUGUUAAUGAUCCGCGAACUGCAAAAGCUCUAUGCCGACGAGCGCCACCUGAAAGACAACAUCGAGAUGCAGCUGAACAACUUCAAGACACAGUUCGCCAGCAACGAGGCUGAGAACAGUCGCCUCAGAGAUCUGCAAUCGCAAUUAAAAGAGGCGCGGUCCCAACUUAAGCAAUUCCAGGCUAAGGCGGAACAACCCUCGGCUAAUGCCGCCAGUGUGGAAAGUGGUGCUCUGCUCCAGCAGGUGCGCCAAGAGAUGCAACAGCUAAAGGAACAGCACGCAGUGGCCAUACGCCAGGAGCAACGACGCGUCCUGCGUGCGGAGGAGCAGAGCCGCAAACAAGCUGCCCUUCACGAGGAUCGUGUAGCCAGCUUGGAGGCUCGCCUGGCAGAGCUCAGCACCACUGUCGGCAGCUACGAUCGCCUGCGGCAGCAGGAUCAGGACAGCAUCCAUGCCUUAAAAGAACAGUUGCAGAAUAUACAGGAGCGCCCCUCAACGGGUGUGAAAUCCGUAAGCGAUGAUGUGGAUGUAGCGACGCUAGUGGAUGAGAUGGUGCGCCUGAAAAAGCUCCUAACUAGUGCCAAUAAUCGUUCCGCAAAUCCUUUGGAUCUCGGUGAGAUUCUAUCAUUUGGUGGCCGUACCUCCAGCACAGCUGAUCACACACAUUGCGAACAACAGCUCCAGGGAGUCCAAAAACUGCUCGAAGCUGCCAAACAACAACGACAACUCCUCGAACAGAAGGUCCAACUGCAGCAGUCCCACAUCCAGACACUUCAGGAAAAGGUACAAGUGCUUAACCGUGACAUCGAGGAUGCAGAAAUGGAGCUGAAACAGCAGGGUGAAAAACUACGACUCGCCUUGAAGAGCGAGAGAACCAAGUGGCAGGAGGCCAAGGCAGAGCUUGAAAACGAAACUCGCUGCAAGCUCAACGAACUGGAGCAGUUGCUGCAGAAGCAGCGCCAGCGAUCCCUCCAGCUUCUUGACGAAAAAGAGCAGGAGAUCAAAACGUUGCAGACCUCUUUCGAGGUCUUUCACUCCGCCACCAAUGUGGGCACUGCCCUGGCUACGCCUGGCAUGGAAGCGGCUGGAGGCGAAUCCUUCGCCUACUCCUCGGAUGCGGACAGCGUGGAAGUGGAGGGAGAGCAGCGAGAUCAGCGCGAAAGAAAUCUGAAAGUGCGCUCGAAGAAAAUGUCCCUGGGGGAUAACUGCCACAUGUUGCACUAUGCCAACGAACUGGCCCGGAAGGACAUCGAGAUUACCGCUCUGCGAAAAGCCAAGUAUGCUGCCGAGUCCACUCUGCGAAAAGCCAUCCAGGACAAAGUUACUUCGCAGCAGGAGAUGCACGAGAAGAUCGAGUGCUUGGAGGAGCAGGUCGACAGACUGGAGCGCUGCAAGACCCGCGAAGGAGCCAACCUAGAGUAUCUGAAAAAUGUUAUUAUCAGUUAUAUUGUUACCCGGGAUGCGGACGGCAAACGACACAUGCUGAAUGCCAUCUCGGCGGUACUUCAACUGACCGCAGCCGAGAUGCAGGCGAUCAAUAAUGCAUUCCAGAAGAAAUAGCAUUCGUUUUUUGUUUAACAUUUAUGUGCAACAUAUUCAAAUUAUAUUAAUAAAUCAAAACAUGAUCGUUUACUAGCUAAA